AUGAGCGAUCCUUUAGGUGAGAAGGGGACGUACAGCACGUCAAUUGAGACCAGCCCUGGAGUCCUCACCGAAAAGACGCACCAGUGGGACCCGAACUUGCCCCAAGAGAAAGUUGAUGAAUUGCUCGCCGCCACACGCGACGGAGAUCCAGAAGCCGUCAGAAAAGCGCAGGCAGAUUUCGUUGAAGACUCGCCUUAUCAGGAGGUCCGAGCCGCGGUCAAGAACACCGAUGGUGGAGAGCCCGCCAACACUGUGCGAGCAUGGGUUCUCGGCAUGCUCUUCGUGACCCUCGCUUCCGGUGUUAACAUGUUUUUGUCAAUGCGGAGUCCGGCGAUCAACUUUCCGAACAUUGUGGUCCUUCUUCUAGUCUACCCGUGCGGUGUGGUCUGGGCCAAAGUAAUGCCAACGAGACGGUUCAGGACGUUUGGUCUAAGCUGGACCUUCAACACUGGUCCAUUCAAUAUCAAGGAACAUGCGGUCAUCACUAUCAUGGCCGGCAUAUCCAUCAACUACGCCUAUUCCACAGAUGCCCUUCUGGCUCUGCUUGGAAGGCCCUUUUACAACCUGCCCAUGUCGUGGGGUUUCCAGUUGCUCUUUACUUUAAGCAGCCAAGUGAUUGGAAUUGCAAUUGCCGGGCUCUUUCGCCGCUUCUUAGUAUGGCCUGCUGCUCUUCUCUGGCCUAAUCAGUUUUCGAAUGCUGCACUCUUGACCGCCUUGCAUGACAACAGCCAAACUGAGCCAAGCGUAAACGGAUGGCGUGUAUCGCGGACACGCUUCUUCUGUUACGUCAUGGGAGGGAUGUUCCUCUACUAUUGGUUGCCCGGCGUCCUAUGGCAAGGCUUGAGCGUUUUCGCGUUCAUCACUUGGAUUAAGCCCAACAAUAUUGUAUUGAACCAGCUUUUCGGCGGCUACACCGGCCUGUCCCUAAUCCCGCUGACCUUCGACUGGACCUACGUCUCAAGCUACUUACAGGACCCUCUGCUUGCACCAGCGCAUGCGCACUUUAAUACGCUCAUCGGCUUGAUCAUCUUCGUGAUCAUUACCACCAUCGGCGUGUCCUUCACAGGUUCCUGGUAUUCCGACUACCUCCCGAUCAAUACCUCCCAAACUUUCGAUAAUACUCAAAGUGCAUACAACGUCUCGCGAAUCCUUGGCCCUAAUUUUUCGUUCGAUCUCGCCAAAUACAAAACUUAUUCCCCGAUGUUCUUGGCCCCAACAUUCGCGCUGAACUAUGGGCUCAGCUUUGCAGCCCUAACAGCCGCAAUAGUCCACGCCAUCGUCUUCCAUCGCAAGGAGAUUUGGUACCGAUUCAAGGCAGCGCGCAACCAGGAGCCCGAUAUCCACAUGAAGUUGAUGGCCAAGUACGCCCCCUGUCCGGACUGGUGGUACGGUAUCCUGUUGCUCGUAUCAGUCAUCUUCGGGCUCGCGACUAUUCUAUCAUACGAAUCGCAGCUACCGUGGUGGGCAUACUUCGUCUCUUUGAUCGUUGCCUUGGUCUUCACCAUUCCGACCUGCAUGAUCUAUGGAAUUACAAACAUCAUGCUCUCACUCAACGUCAUCUCCCCGUUCCUAGCUGGCUACAUGAUCCCCGGAAAGCCCAUCGGCGUCAUGAUCUUCAAGGUCUACAGCACCAUUACACUUGGGCAGGCACAGCUCUUCUCCGGGGACUUGAAACUGGCCCACUACAUGAAAGUUCCGCCCAAGACGGCGUUUUCAGCACAAGUCGUCGCUACCUUAUGGGCGAGCUUUGUGCAGAUUGCGGUAAUGAAUUGGACUUUAGGUAAUAUCGACGGCGUCUGUGAUCGUCUUCAACCGGGAAGGUUUACGUGCCCUAACGGACGUGCGUUCUUCUCAAGCAGCAUUACAUGGGGUGUUAUUGGGCCUCAGCGCAUGUUUGGGCCGGGAUCUAUCUAUUGGACGAUACACUGGUAUUGGCUUAUCGGCGCUGCCCUCCCAGUUAUCUUCUUCUUCCUCAUCCGAGCUGCGCCCAAGUCUCCACUCCGAUACUUGAACGCACCCGUCAUGCUCGGCGCAAUGGCCUGGCUACCGCCUGCGACGCCAUUGAGCUUCUCUUCGUGGGCCAUCUUUGGCUUAGUCUUCAACUACUGGAUCAUGCGCAAAUGGCAUGGCUGGUGGCACAAGUACAACUAUAUCACGGCGGCUGGCCUCGACUCCGGAUUGAUUUUGUCGACUAUCGUGAUUUUCUUCGCGGUUACGUUCAAAGAGUAUCCGGUACCGCAGUGGUGGGGAAAUAUCAAACCUUUUGAGACUACGGAUUACUUGAAUACUGCGAUACGUAAAAGCGUAAAAGAGGGUGAGACGUUCGGUCCGAAGAGCUGGUGA